UUCAGUCACAGCUUGAGACCUACAUAUUGCGUGACGGCCGUAUCUCAGUACAGUGUGUUCGCUCGCAUAUUGAUUUUAUUGCAUUUCAAGGGUUAUCGAUAGACACCAAGCGCAUGUUCAUACAAGGAACUUUGGCGCAUGAAUCCGGUUUUGUAUGUCGUUAUAAUUGCGGACUCGGAUCAGACAGUCCGUUAUGAAUUGCGACUAUUUUCAGAGACGUAUCGUUUUUAUAUAAAGCUAAAGAACGCUUUAAUUAAUUUAUUGAGACAAGCUUCGAAGGAAGACAAAUGGGUUUUGAGCAGAAUUAUGGAUGAUUUCACUUGCCCCAGUUUUACGCUUUCAGUGUUUUGGGUAUCCCCAGUGGGAUACUCAAAACACGGGGAUACCCCACUGUGACACCGGUAUAAUGUGGACGGGGCCUGGACCGUCGUAUAUUAACACUAGCAGUUGGCAGUGUGAUGGCCGCAGAUUUAAACUACGUUCUCCUGGCAAAAUAAAUGAUCAGUGUUUUCACAGAGGUAAGCGGCAGAGCUUUAAUACAAGUAUUCUCUGUUUAUUUAGUGUAAAUUAAUCUGCCGGUCUAACAAAGCAAACACACUUCUUGACGGAAAGGGCGUAUUGAGACUAUUGAGGGUCUAUUGACUUGAUCGUAAACAAAAUUCAUGAAAAUUAAAGCACAUAUUCCGUUCGGAUAUGUAAGGCAAUAUACAACCAGUGAGAAGAUUGAAACAGUCCAGUUUCGUCUUAAAAUUUCUUAAUCCUCAAAGCACCACAAAUGGAAAAAUCUAAAAACAGCAAAACAAAUAACGGAGUCCCGCUGUUCUUUCUAUCUUUUUUUUCUCAGAAGAAAGAGAUAGAUAGCAGUGUUUUGCUAUCAGUUUAUUGGCCUUCACAGGGCAACUGGGGCCAUGGGGUGCCUGCUGCUACUGCUGCUGUGUUUCUUUGAUCUGAAGCAAGCUAUCUGGGUUUCUUAUGAGCCGUCAAUUAACAUUUCCAAACGCUACUCUUAGAGAGUGUAUCCUAUUUAUGUAUGUUAUAAUGGUAAAUUAGGCUUUUAUCAUCGCUUUUCACUGAAACAUUACAAAAUUAAAAACAGAUAAUCAGGAAAUACCAUCACUUGCCUAACGUGCAUUACUCAUCGUGAGCGAAAAACAAAACCUUGUUAUUUUAUUGGCUAACGCCAGCGAUCUGUGGCGAACUUUUCAACUGUGUAAAGUGGAUGACAACUCAUUAGCCUCGCGUUCAUCGUGACUCAACAACGGAAGUCUGCUAAAAUAUCUGCAUCCAAAUAAGCGCCUGUAGGAACUUGAAAUGGCCUGCAUAGUUCGUGAAGAAACUGGGAAAAGCCUUGCUAAGGGGGUUAAAUCAGUUCGGGCUAAAAUGGACGCGAUUGCCGAGAGCACAAGAGCAGAAGCCUUGAGAGAAAAGCGAGCGAAAGAGGCCAUAGCUGAAGUAAAUUUGAGAGAGGAGAGAUCACUGAAUGAGAAGAGGAAAAUACUGGACCAGAUAAAACAGGUUGAGAAGAAAAUAGAGAAGGCAGAGACGAAGGAGUCUUAUUGCAAGGAACGAAUUUACUUUGCCGAGCAGAGAUUUGAUGAGAACUCAAAAAUGAAAAGCUUUCUUGAGAAGAACAAAGUGGACGUCGGUUCGAUGGAACAAACCGUGGAACAAUAUAGAGAGAAAGCUAGAACCAUUGUGGACAGCAUUGCUAAAAUGCAGAAGGCCAUUUUAGCCAAAGAGAAACAAAUUCAUGCUGGGGAAAAGCGUGAGAUUGUAGCUCGAGAUAACAUAGCCAGGUGUCAGGAAAAGCUGAGGGCCAUGGAGCGAGUCGGAACCAGCAUAACAAUGAACUACUCUCCGAUGAGUGAGAAACAGUAUUUAGAAAAAGCGGUGUUACUCCGAGAAAAGAUCGCCCAGGCUACAGUCAAGAGAAGGAAGACUGAAAAGAAAGCAGACGCGUUAGAGAAAGACAUAGCUGAGUUAGAAAGGAAAGUCGCCAUGACUAAAAAGCGAAACGCCGAACUGAAACAAACAACAAAUGAACUGAAAGGUUCCCGAGUGUGACACGCAACGACAAAGAAACAAGAACCUCAGUACCUCACAAUAGCUAAAGAACAUGCAAUCAUACUCGAGACUCGCCAUAUUUAUGACCUUUCGUGAUAAAUUUAGUUAUAUUCGUGAUAGCUAAUAUUUAUUGUGAUAGUUGUCACGUUCAUUGCCAAGUCAAAUAGGACAAAUUUUUGAACGCCGAUCAAUGUCAAUAGAACGUGUAAUCUUGCGUUAUCCGUCUGCGGAAAAAGCAAUUUCUUCCUUUGUAUUUGAAACAAAAUGGUUUCUGAAUGGUUUCUCUUGAAAUAUUAAUAGUAGACCCAAAAUAUUUUCUUCUUUUUACAAAAAGGUCAGUUAAGUUGAAUAACACUGCAUUAAAUAAUACACUGAAAUGACAA